CCAACAUGCGUACUUCCCCGAUAGUUCGUGAGGAAAAAGGAAAGAAAAAAGAAGAGAAACAUCAGACUCCAUUCGGACCAUCUCCUUCUCCCUCUCUCUCUCUCUCUCUCUCCAAUUCCCCUUCUCUCUCCGUUAACAAUGUAAUCUCCACGCGAUUAUUCUCCGCAUCAAUAAAAGCCCUAAUUUCGCACUAGGGUUUCUCUCUCUCUACACAUACAACACGUACACACAACACAAAGGCGAAUAUAUAGAUACAUACAUACGGAUACAGACAGAUAGAUACGGGUACAGAGAUUGGGGGGAAUGGUUAGAGAUGGGACGGGAGGGGUACAUCGUCCCGGCAGAGCUGCCGCAGCCUGCGGCCAAGAAGAAGAUAGGAGCGGUGGGGGGUUCGAGGAGCUGGAUUCUGAUGGACGCCGCGGGGGAAGACACUGUUCUCGACGUGGACAAGUACGCCAUCAUGCACCGCGUCCAGAUCCACGCUCGCGACCUCCGCAUCCUCGACCCCCUCCUGUCUUACCCUUCCACCAUCCUCGGACGUGAGAAGGCCAUCGUCCUCAAUCUGGAGCACAUCAAGGCGAUUAUUACUGCUGAAGAGGUGUUGCUUCGAGAUCCUUUGGAUGAUAAUGUUAUCCCUGUGGUUGAGGAACUAAGAAGGCGAUUGCCCCUGUCAAAUGCCAUUCGCGAGGGUCAAGCAGACGGAAAGGAAAUGGGUGGGCAGCAUGACAUUGAUGCUGGUGAAGAAGAUGAGUCUCCAUUUGAAUUCCGGGCCUUGGAGGUGGCUUUGGAAGCCAUUUGUAGUUUUCUUGCUGCUCGUACAACAGAACUGGAGACUGCUGCUUAUCCAGCUUUAGAUGAACUCACUUCUAAGAUCAGUAGCCGUAACUUGGAUCGGGUCCGUAAAUUGAAGAGUGCUAUGACUCGGUUAACUGCUCGAGUUCAAAAGGUGAGAGAUGAGCUUGAACAAUUGCUGGAUGACGACGACGACAUGGCUGAUCUCUACUUGUCUAGAAAAUUGGCUGGUGCAUCUUCACCUGUAAGUGGCUCAGGUGCUUCCAAUUGGUUUCCUGCAUCUCCUACCAUAGGCUCAAAGAUAUCUAGAGCAAGUAGGGCAAGCAUGGCAACAGUUCGGGGAGAUGAGAAUGAUGUUGAGGAGCUUGAAAUGCUACUUGAGGCUUACUUUAUGCAAAUUGAUGGAACGUUGAACAAAUUAACUACGCUGCGUGAAUAUAUCGAUGAUACAGAGGACUACAUUAAUAUUCAGCUUGACAAUCAUCGAAAUCAGCUGAUUCAGCUGGAGCUUUUUCUAAGCUCCGCAACUGUUUGUUUAUCCAUUUAUUCUUUGGUGGCUGGAAUAUUUGGCAUGAAUAUCCCGUAUACAUGGAAUACAGGCCAUGGGUACAUGUUUAAAUGGGUGGUCGGGUUUUCAGGAUUAUUUUGUGCCAUCCUUUUUAUUCUUAUCAUUGCGUAUGCGCGCUACAAGGGUCUAAUUGGAUCUUGAAAUUUAUAAAUGAGGAAGGCCCACCGGAGCGGAUGAAUUAUCACUGGAGUUAAUUGCCAAAUUUGCAAUUCCGUGAGCUCACCAGUUCCUUUCACCUGUUAAAUUUUGCCCUAAAGUCACGUCUACCUAAUUCUCUCGUCCGAAGAAGCUUCAGCAAUCACUGUCACCGUCGUCAAUAUUGGGAAGGCUUCACAAAUCACUGGCGACUGGAUUAACUCUCUCCGGUACCAACACAGAUAAUUGUAAACGAUUUACAGUGUCUCAUUUUGUUCUAAUGUAGUUGAUUUGAGAUACUACUUUUUUACAGUUACGUAAAUCUGGGUCAAUUUCCCGUGUUUGUUUACGUUGUCUUUGUAAUUAGGAAUAAAUAAUUUUGUUCUCUUUAUUUUAGUAUAAACGAAAUAAAUGCAUUGUCGUGGCCUUA